AUGAUCGCAAUGUCGAAACUGAAAUUUAAGCAAGUAAUUGUUCCAAGUCAUGAUAAACCGAUUCCUACUACUGAAUUGGUUAAAAGAUUGAGGAGUUUACUGGAUGAAUUGUCGGAUAUGGAACAGGAAACUACAGAUCGCGAUUCUUUAUUGCCAGUAGCCUCAUCGUUAGUCAACCAGAACCUCCUACACCAUAGAGAUAAAGGUAUUCGUUCUUUUGUUGGUUGUUGUAUCGUGGAACUUCUUCGACUAUGUGCCCCCGAUGCUCCAUAUACAUUAUCUCAAUUGGAAGAGAUAUUCCAAGUAAUACUGAAGCUUUUGAGUGGACUCGAAAAUUCUGAAUCUACAUACUACUUACAAGUUUAUCGUAUACUUGAGAGUCUGUCAAACGUGAAGUCUGCGGUACUCAUGGUUGACUUACCGAAUGCAGAGUCCUUUCUGGUUACCAUAUUUCGUCUUUUUUUUGACAUCUCCAGAAAAGGCACCAACAAAAACGUAGAGUUUUAUAUGCUCGACAUCAUUCACCAAUUGAUCAACGAAAUUAAUAGUGUACCUCAGGUCGCUAUGAACAUUCUUUUUGCUCAGUUAAUUUCAGGUCACGGGGUAAGGGAAUACAUAGGUUCUCCAGACUCCCAAAACCAUGGACCAGCUUUUCAGCUGGCUAGAAAUAUUUUUCGCGAUUCUUCUGAUCGCCUGCAACGAUAUGUCUGUCAAUAUUUUUCCGAUAUCGUCUUUGAUACUAAAGAUUCCGUUUCGGACGAAAAAACAAAUCCAGAGUUCAUUUUCGCCCAUAAUCUCGUAAUUCAACUCUGGGAAUAUGCGCCCUUAACGUUACUCAAUAUUGUUCCUCAAUUCGAGAACGAACUUCAAGCUGAGCAAACUAGCGUACGGCGUGUCGCUAUUCAAACAGUCCGACUCAUGCUUCCUAAUCACUCUCUUUGGUCGGACUAUCCAAAGGUUUGGGCCGCCUUUUGCGGUCGUCUCAAUGAUAAGGUCACAGCAUGCCGCGUGGACUGCGUGGAAAAGCUCAUGGAUGUAUUGAGGAACCCUUUGGCAUCUUCAGACGUAACUAACUAUAUUAUUCAACUUUAUCAAGGAAAGCUCGCGGACACUGAUGAAAAAGUCCGUAUAGCCGCCUUACAAGCUAUUGGUCAUGUGUCCCUAGACAUUAUAAAAACGCACGUUCCUGUGGAGAUCUUGAAAUUAAUGGGGGAUCGGCUUCGUGAUAAAAAGUUGUCAGUUCGAAUUCAAGCUAUACAAACGUUAAGUAAAAUCUAUCAUAUUGCAUUUCCUGGGCUUGAAGCAGGUGAAGAGGUUAGUAUCCAACUUUUCAGUUGGAUACCUUCUUCUUUACUAGAAGUUUUCUAUAUAAAUGACGAAGCUACGAACACCACUGUUGACCUUGCGAUGAAUGAGCUUGUACUCCAGCAAUUAAACUCGGAUACAGAUACUCGCGUAAACAGACUUUUAGUAGCCAUGAAUCAUUUCUCAGAAAAAGCGUUGCGCGUUUUCUUCAUGUUACAGCAAAGACAACUUAGGUUUUCUGGUUACUGUAAGUAUUUUAUUGAAUGCUGCAAAAAUUAUAAUGGCGGAGUCAUGGAUGAAAAUGAAGAAGAAAUGACAUCCAGACUAAAAAAGGUAAUAGGAGCUAUAUCUUUGAAGACUGUCAAUCCUUCUUUGAAUGAGUCAUCCCUGCAAAAAUUUGCAGACACAAAUGACCGACAGGCAUAUAAAAUGUUAAUGGAGACAUUUUCACCUAAAAAUGAUUAUCAGACAGUUCUAAAGAAUGUUAAGCACUUAUUUAAAAGAGUGUCGGCCAGUAUGAGCACCCAGCAUUUUGAAUGUUUUCGAUUGUUGGUUUAUCGCUGUGCAUUAUUUGUCUUUAACAAAACAAUAGUAAUAGAGUUGGUCAACAAAAUUGGAAGUUUGCAAAAUAACCUCCAAUAUGCAAAAUCUGCUGAGCUUUUACUUCAACAGUUACCAUUGAUUCAUCCUGAGAUCUACGAAGAAUUGUUUUCAAGCAUGGAAAGUAUGAUCUUAUCAUUUAGUCUAAAAGCAGAUGUCAAAGUUUUAAAGACUCUGUCACAUUUCGCUAAGAAAAAGAUAAAUUUUUCCGUGAGCCCUGAAGUAAUCGGUAUUCUAAAAAGUCUUUGCUUUCAGGGAACGGAUGGUCAGGCGAAGCAGGCAGCUACCGUGUUGGCGUUUGCUGGUAAUUUCUUCGAUCUGGAUUCCUUCGUAUCAGAAAUUAUUGAUGGUUUACAUUACGAUAGUUCUUUAUCGGUCCGUCUAUCGACCUUAGCGCAACUAGUUUUAUAUCGGUUAGAUGCUGUUGAAAAGCAUGCUGAUUUUAUUACUGAGUGUUUGGUUAAGGAAAUAAUUCAGAUGGUUCCAGAAGCGAACGAAGACCAAAAUGAAACUGAAGAAUGGUGCGACUUUCAAUCUUUGGAUCACCUGUAUCGUUGCAAAGUACUUGCAGUUAAAGUCCUGGUUAAUCGUUUACGAGCUGGAUAUCAUUCCCCGGAAGCAUUGGAGAUAGCCGCACCUGUACUAAAGUUACUAAAUGUGAUCCUGUUAACGGAAGGUGAGAUCAGUCCUCAUAAAAAUACUUCCAGAUUGGGUAAAGCUCACCUACGAUUGAUAGCAGGGAAAUCGUUACUAAAAUUAGCCGCUAUACCAACUUAUGCUGAAUAUUUAGACUUUAAUACCUAUUUACGAACUUCAUUAUUAUGCCAAGACCCUUUUUUUGAUGUCCGAAAUGCCUUUAUACAAAAUUUACAAAAAAAGUUGCAAUAUCGAAAGCUUCCUAUGCAGUUUUACGCAAUUAUAUUUCUUGUUGUUCAUGAUCCCGAAGAAGAGAUAAUAACGAAAAUGUCUUUGUGGAUAUGUUCACAAGUCAUUCAUUUUCGUAAAAUGCACAAUUAUACUAUGGAAUAUGUUAUAACUUAUUUGCUUCACUUGCUGUCGCACCAUCCAGAUAUUUCAUUGUCUGACAAUGAGAAUGUCUUUGACUUUGUGAAGUAUAUACAAUUUUAUGUUGAAAAUGUGGCUUCAAGUGAUAAUAUUCCUAUUAUCUUCCAUCUCGUGCAACGGAUAAAGCAAAACUACGAUGCUGUUGAGCCUGAACGAAAGUACGUCUAUAUGCUGAGUGAUAUCGCACAAAAAGUUAUCCAAACUAAGGCGCAGAGCAUGGGAUGGAGUUUGACUACUUAUCCAAAACAAGUGAGACUUCCAUCUAUAAUAUUUAAGCCAUUUGAUACUUCUGAAGAAAAGCAGAAGUUCUUUUCGAAGAAUUUCCUUACACCUGAAAUAGAAUCCGCCAUCGAACACAUGGUACGAUCUUCCACGAUUGGUAGUACUGCAAGGUUACUUACCAAAUCAAACGCGACAAGAAACGGGAAUCAUGAAAAAUUAAAGAGGAAGCGCUUCGGAACAAGACAACCAAAACCGAAAAAACAAGAGAGAAAAAAUGAAGAACAAGCUCAUCUGCCUCGUAGAGCGAGUACUAGAGUAUCUUCAAAGCAGGUGAAUUAUACAGAAGCAGAGUCUGAAAAGUCAGAAAAUUCUGAAGCCUCUUCUGAAUUUGGGGAAGAGGAAUAG